AUGUCGCAGGAGCAUAACGACCCAGCAGGAAGCGAUACGCUUAGUUCAUUUUCUAAAACGGGUUCAGAGUAUCUUAGAAUUCAACUCAAUAAUUAUGACUAUUAUAUGUCGAAACCUACCUCAUUGGAUCCUUCGCAUGGUGAAAGUCUGCCCCUUAACCAGUUUUCUCAGGUUCCAACUAUUCGUGUGUUUGGCGCUCUAUCCACCGGCCACCAAGUAUUGUGCCACGUCCAUGGUAUUUUACCGUAUAUAUUCAUCAAGUAUGACGGCUACAUAUCUGACACAAGUACAUUGAGACACCAAAGGUGCGCUCAAGUACAUAAAAUACUAGAACGGAGGAUCAAAGCUUCCUUCAAAAAAGGAAAUGAUGAUAAACAGGAUUCAAAUAGCGACAAACUCGGAAAUCUCACUUAUGUCGCCAAUGUGUCUGUGGUAAAGGGUAUACCAUUCUACGGUUACCAUGUCGGCUGGAUGUUGUUUUACAAAAUUUCUUUGCUCAACCCAUCCUGCGUAAAUAGGCUUUCUGAAUUAAUCAGAGAUGGUAAACUUUUUGACAAAAAGUCUGAAACAUAUGAAUCACAUAUUCCUUACUUGCUGCAGUGGACUGCUGACUUCAAUUUGUUUGGUUGCUCAUGGAUAAACGUGGACAAGUGCUAUUUCCGCUCACCAGUUCUGAACAAUGUACUAGGUAUUGAUAAGAUGACACUCAAUGAUGAACUUCAGUUAUUGUUAGACCAGUAUUGUUAUUUACACAACGACAUACUUAGUAGAAAGGAUUUUCCGCGAAUUGGAAAUGGGUUGAUUGAAUUGGAUAUAUUACCACAGUUCAUCAGAAAUAGAGACAAAUUAAUUCAUAGGGAUUUGCAUCACAAUUUUUUGGAGAAGUUGAGAGACACCUCUGACAUACUUGUAAAACCGUAUGUAUCUUCAACUAAGGAAAUGGUAAAUGAACUAACCAUUCAACGAAGGGCAUUAUCAUUGGAAGAGUAUGAGGUAGCCCCAGAAAUGAACCGUCUCGUAAGUGAUCACAAGUGGCAGUCUUCUCGGGAGCUUGAAGCAUUCUAUAAAAAAGCGGAACAUAAGUUAAGCACCUUUGAUGGCCAAGUACCGAACUUUGAAAAUUUUGUGGAUGAAAAUCAGAGAUUUGCAGACAUUAAAACACCAUACAAGGCGUUAACACAACUGUGGCCCAAGCUUCCUCAGGCCGAAAUAUCCAAUACUAAUAUAGACAACAAAAAGAAAGAGGAGCAACUUAGCUUUUUAUUCACGGAAUACGAGACGUUGGGUUUUGAAAAGGACGAGGAAGAUUUGCAAGAAUACGCUAAUAAACCCGGGUCCCCUGCAUCUUCAACAGAGGGUCUAGAGACUUCAAAACAUACAAUGACAUCCUUGGAUAAUCGAAGGAAAGCUCAGAAUAAAACAAAAUAUUCAAUGGACUGUGCUCUAACGCAAAACAUGGCAAGAAAAAGGAAAUUUACAUUAUCUUCUUCCACCAACAGGGUGUCUCAACUGUCCAGAAAAAGGAAGAAAAUUACUACUGCGGGUUUAUGUUACGGAGAAAACUCCUUUGUUUAUCAAGGGCCUCCCUUUUCUUAUCGAGAUAUUCUUGAUGAACUGCAGGCAGAAGGGUUUCCAAAAAUGGAGUACAAAGAUCCUUUCUUUUCAAACCCAGUUGAUUUAGAAGAUAAACCUUAUGCAUAUGCAGGGAAAAGGUUUGAGAUAAGCUCUACACAUAUAUCGGCUAGAAUACCAGUGCAAUUCGAAGGAGAACUCGUAUCCGUUUAUGAUAAACCCGCUUUUGAUAUGUUCUCCUCGUGGAAGUACCUAGUCAGGCCACCUGGAUAUAACGCAGUAGCAAGAUGGUACAAAGGAGAGAUAUCUGCGACGAAGAAAAACAAUGAGUCCCAGAUAGCUAUGCAAACACCUCGUAGUAAAUUUUUCUACAAGUUUGCUAGUGACACGUCAGUUAAUCGAAAAAGGAAAAAAGGGGUAGUUCACGAUUCUCUAACACAUUUGACGCUUGAAAUUCACGUAAACACCAGAGGCGACAAAAAUCCAGAUCCUGCAAUAGAUGAAGUCUGCAUGAUUAUAUGGUGUCUUGAAGAGGAAACCUUUCCUCUAGAUCUAGAUAUCGCCUACGAAGGGAUUAUGAUUGUUCACAAAGAUUUCAAGGAUAGUAUAUUCCCCUCUCAAAUUCAACGAUGUGUUGACAACAUUCCAGUCAUGUUUUAUGAGACCGAGUAUGAUAUGUUCGAAGCCUUAACCGAUUUAGUAUUACUGUUUGAUCCUGAUAUUCUUUCCGGUUUUGAAAUACACAAUUUUUCUUGGGGUUAUAUAAUUGAAAGGUGUCAAAAAAUACAUCAAUUCGACAUUGUCAACGAACUUGCCAGAGUUAAGUAUCAAUUCAAGAGCAAAAGAUCAGAUACGUGGGGAUAUACUCAAUCUUCAGGAAUCUCAGUAACAGGAAGACAUAUAAUCAAUGUAUGGAGAGCAUUACGAUCUGACGUAAAUUUAGCACAAUAUACCAUUGAAAGUACUGCAUUUAAUCUCCUACAUAAACGCUUGCCACAUUUUUCAUAUAGAUCACUAACAGACAUGUGGAACUCUAAAAACAGCUCAACGAAAAUGAGAACCGUGAUAUAUUAUUGGUUAUCAAGAGCCCGGAUAAAUGUACAACUAUUAAGAAAGCAAGAUUACAUUGCUCGAAAUAUUGAGCAGGCAAGAUUAAUUGGUAUCGAUUUUCAUUCUGUAUAUUACAGAGGGUCACAAUUCAAAGUUGAAUCUUUUUUAAUUAGAAUUUGCAAGUCUGAAAGUUUUAUUCUUCUUUCUCCAGGAAAGAAAGAUGUUCGCAAACAAAAGGCUCUUGAAUGUGUCCCUUUAGUUAUGGAGCCAGAAUCCGCUUUUUACAAAAGUCCUCUUGUAGUUUUGGAUUUCCAAUCAUUAUACCCGUCCAUUAUGAUUGGAUAUAAUUAUUGCUAUUCAACAAUGUUAGGAAGAGUAAGAGAAAUAAGCCUAAUGGACAAUCAAAUUGGGGUGUCGAAGUUUUCAUUGCCAAGAAAUAUUUUGACUUUACUAAAAGAUGAUGUUAGCAUCGCUCCAAAUGGUGUCAUUUAUGCCAAAACUUCUGUUAGAAAAUCAACCUUAUCAAAAAUGUUGACAGAUAUUUUAGAUGUUAGAGUAAUGAUAAAAAAUACAAUGAACGAAAUAGGUGAUGAUAACAGUAGCCUAAAGAGGUUUUUGAAUAACAAGCAACUGGCACUCAAACUUUUGGCUAACGUUACUUACGGCUAUACAUCAGCCUCAUUUUCUGGGAGAAUGCCGUGCUCUGAUUUGGCUGAUAGCAUUGUGCAGACAGGUAGAGAAACUUUAGAGAAAGCAAUAGAUAUUAUUGAGAAAGAUGACACUUGGAGUGCCAAAGUUGUUUAUGGUGACACCGAUAGUUUGUUUGUAUAUUUGCCUGGAAAGACUGCCAAUGAAGCUUUUGCUAUUGGUCAUGCUAUGGCAGAAAGAGUAACCCAAAACAAUCCAAAACCGGUAUCAUUGAAGUUCGAAAAAGUAUACCAUCCUUCCAUACUAGUUAGCAAAAAAAGGUACGUUGGAUUUUCUUAUGAAAGCCCUUCCCAAAACCUUCCAUUUUUUGAUGCCAAGGGUAUUGAAACAGUUAGAAGAGACGGCAUUCCAGCACAGCAGAAAAUCGUUGAAAAAUGCAUACGGUUACUCUUUCAAACUAAAGAUCUUUCAAAAAUAAAGAAAUAUCUUCAUGGAGAAUUUAUCAAAAUUCAAUCAGGCAAGGUAUCUACCCAAGAUUUUUGCUUUGCCAAAGAGGUUAAGCUAGGAGCAUAUAAAAGUGAGAAAACCGCUCCUGCAGGGGCAGUGGUGGCAAAAAGAAAGAUAAAUAAAGACUACAGAGCAGAACCUCAAUACAAGGAGCGUGUGCCUUAUCUGGUUGUUAAGGGUAAGAAAGGACAAAUUCUUAGGGAAAGAUGUGUAUCGCCCGAAGAAUUUUUCGAAAAUGAGGACUUGGAAUUGGAUUCUGAAUACUAUAUAAACAAGACCCUGAUCCCUCCGCUCGAUAGAUUGUUUAACUUGAUUGGAAUAAGUAUUGGUACCUGGACGCAGGAAGUGUUAAUAUCUAAGAAAAGCAGUACGACUGGGAAGAAAGGAGAAAAACUAGUGAAAGUAGGAACUUCUUUAACGUGCUGUAAUUGUGGGGAGGAGCUGACUAAACCACAUUCAGUACAACUUUGCGAUGACUGUUUGGUAAGAAAAAACUUCACAACAUCAUCGCUUCUCAUACAGAAAUUGAAGAGGCAGAAGGAAUACGAAACCUUAAAGACGGUAUGUAGAACAUGCAGUUACCGUUACACCUCUGAUGCGGGCAUUGAAAAUGACCAUAUAGCUAACGAAUGCAAUUCCUAUGACUGUCCGAUAUUUUACUCCCGUGUUAAAACAGCGAAGUAUUUAAAAGAUAACCAAACCGUCCAGAGAGAAAAGGUAUUAGCAUCUUUAAAUGAUUGGUGA